AUGGGCAAGAAGAAGAGGACGCAGGUCUUUGUGCUCAAGCCAUGGUGCUGGUACUGCGAGCGCGAGUUUGAGGAUGAGAAGGUGCUCUUGCAACAUCAAAAGUCAAAGCACUUCAAAUGCCAGCUGUGUCCACGCAAGCUUAACACGGCCGGCGGUCUGAUGGUCCACUCGCAACAGGUGCACAAGAGCGAGCCCGAGCCGCUCACCAACACGCUGCCCGGCCGCGACGGCUACGACAUUGAGAUCUUUGGAAUGGAGGGUGUGCCCACAAACGCCCUGGCAGAGUGGAAGGCGAGGAAGGAGCAGGAGGCUGGUGUGGCCGCUCUGGCGGCGGCAGCGCAGGGCAAGCGACCCCGGCACGCGUACACUGUCAUUCCAGAGGCAGACCUCAUGGCCGCGCUGGAGCAGCACAAGGCCCUCAUGGCCAUGAGGAAGAACCCCCAGCUCGCUGGCAGUGGUGCCAUGUUCCCUCCAAACGGCGUUCCCCCAUUCCUCCCACCUGGUGUCCGUCCCGGCUUCCCCGGCAUGCCCCCACCGACUCUUCCCCCAGGCGCCGUUCCUCCCUUCCCCGGCGCACCUCCUCCCAACUUCCGCCCACCCUUCCCUCCUCCAGGCGGCGCGAUGCCACCUUUCCCCGCGCAGAACGGUCUCCCUCCCGCAACCAUGGCCGCGCGAGGACCCCCACCGGCCUUUGUGGCACCACAUGCGGGCCAGGCGCCAGCGCAGGCAUUGGGGUCAAGUGGCGGACCCGUCACGGCCGAGGUCAUGCCCCCGCGAGACGGCGUGUUCUGGCCCGACAACGACGCCUGCCCAGCCGAGAAGCGCGCACUCGAGCCUCGGUACAGGUAUACGUCCCCGGGACCCGAGGACACGUCCGAGGACACGGCGACAACGGGUCAGAAGCGUAAGGCUGCGGCCGACUUUCUGUGA